AGUGCGUAGGGGAUGCCGCUGGCAUACCCGAGGCAUCGGCUCUAGUAGUAGCUAGACGAGGGGAUCGCGCAGAUUCCGAGUCAUAAAACCACCAAGUGAUCGCUCACGUAGCGUUUUUACGCUUCAGCUCGCACAGGUCGCAGUUUAGCACAACGCUCUCACUACGCUCUUCACACAUAGUGUAGAACUAAACGUAGCCCAUAGACGCUACACUCCUGUGAUCGACUCUACUCUCAUCAACGCAUAAUAGAACAUCGUCAAGUACUCCCGAGUCCAGUUACAUAAUCGCGAAGUACGUAGCGACGUACCGCAGUUUGUUCGCCUGGUCGCACCUGCUCACCGUCGCAAAGUACGCAUCGGCGCGGCUCCCAUGGCUCGGCCGUUUCAUCUGCUCCUCUGGAGCCUACCGCUGCUGCUUCUCGCGUCAAUCCCAGCCGCACGAUUAGAGGACACAGCAAUCCGGCCGUUCGCGUCCGACGACGACGCAGUCUGGCAGCACUACGGCGGCGAAUUCGCCCUCCUGAGGCGGCAACUAAAGAAAACCACCACACAGGCGACCCCAUCGCCGUCCCCCGCAGUCCCUAAGAAGAAGAAGAAAAACGCGACGGCAACAGCUAGCCCGUCAAAAGCCAAAAGCCCGCCCAAGGUCCAGGCAGGGUCGACGCAAAAGAGCCCGAAUAAAAGCCCUAGCAAGUCUCCUAGUAAGAGCCCUAGCAAAAGCCCUAGCAAGACUACUACUAAGAGUCCUAGCAAAAGCCCCGCUAAGAGCCCGAGCAAGAGUCCCAGCAAGCCAAAGUCCCCGCCCAAGCCGGCUGAGACGAACGUGACUAAAAGUCCCAAGAGCCCCAAGAAGCCCAAGAGCCCUAAGAGCCCGUCGCCCUCCCCUGCCAAGAAACCCAAGAGCCCGAAGAAGCCCACGACGCCCCCUUCCCCGCCUCCCGCCCCUCCUACUAUCAUGUGCGAGGUGCACAAGAAGCAGCAGCUGCUAAUAAUGGACGGAAACCUCUUCUUCACGAACAAACUGGACCAGUGCGAGUCAUCUUGUAUCGCGGACGCCAGCUGCCUCUACUACACCUUUUCAGGUCUGAGCUGCCAGCUGUUCACCGCUAACAUGACCAUCAAGCCCAGCGGCACGUGCUUCUCGAGGAAAUGCCAGUGGGGCAAGUGCCGGGACCCCCCUAGCGAUGACUACUCGAGCUAGGAGUGAUAAUGAGGGUUAGGAGAGUGUAGUGUGUGCUUGCUAGCCCAAAAAUGAUGUAUACCGUGACCUAGAAUAACGUGGAGCAGUGCGUGUGUGUGAGUCAGCUUGUAUCAAGGACGCCAAUUGCUCUGCUACCUGUACUACUACACCUUCGCUGGCCCGU